UUCACAGCCAGCGACGCUCCUUUUUCUGGCUCCGAAUCCCCCCAGAUUACACCCAAGAUGUCACUGGAGCCACCCACCUACCUCAGCUCCCUCCAGAAUAACAUUCGAGCUCGACCAAUUCCGUGGGAGGGUGCCGUCCGAGCGGGCAACAUCACCGAUGACCACUUGAAGAAGAUCAAGGCAGUGGAUAAGGUGCGCAAGGAUCAACGCCGCCAGACGAUAGAAGGAGACCUUGCUGGAUACAGAGAUCUGUUGGCCGGCGGCGCACAGGGAAAGAGUGUCUUGGACUCCGCCUCUCGAAGGACCGAUAUUGUGCAAUAUAUACUGGUGCUAGCCUCGGACUUGAUUCAAGAUGUGCCUUCUUUGGCCAACUCGCUUGUUUCUCACCCGGAACCGUACAAGCCCUUCCUACCGUUCCUACAGCACUCGACAAACGCCGAAGACCCCAUUCCUCUGCUCACGUCUACCUUCCUCACGGCGCUCGUGUCGCACAGUCUCGUUGCUUCAUCCAAACCUGCACCGCGCGACAACGAAGCUCUCCCACAGCUCUACACCUAUCUCUCUACCUUAACCAAGAAUCAGGACAGCGGGCUCCAGGACAUUGGUGUGCAAGGAUUCUCAGAGCUGCUGAGAACUAGCCGAUCGAGAGAGAUCUUUUGGGCGCAACGUCAAGAGACCCUGGCCCCCUUGAUCGACACUCUUCGAGCUGCGGCCGGGGCUAAAGACAACGUCAGCAACGCGAGCACACUGGGAAGCAGCACUCGCAGCGUCGAGCCUGGUCUCGCCGGUGGCGUUGGCCUCCAGCUUCUAUAUCGGGUGCUCCUUGUUCUGUGGCAGCUUGCGUUUGAGGGCGCUCUCGUUGGCGAGGAACUUCAAGAGAACUAUGAAAUUAUCCAACUCUACAUCCACCUUCUGCGUCUCUCGCCGAAAGAAAAGACCACUCGCUUGCUUGUUGCAACUCUGUACAAUCUUUGCUCCAGCAACCGGACGACGCUGCUACCCAUCGCCGUGUUCCUUCGACUCCCCGCCCUCCUCACCAACUUGGCUGGUCGUCACCUGACCGACCCCGACCUGCUCGAGGAUCUCAACGCGCUCUCUUCCAUGUUGGAUGAGUACACCAAGACACAGACCACCUUUGACCAAUAUGCCGCCGAAGUUCAGACGGGCCACCUGCGCUGGUCGCCCCCUCACAAGAACCCGACCUUCUGGAAAGAUAACGCUCGACGAAUUGUUGAGGAGUCGAACGGCGCUUUGCCCAAGAAACUGGCCGAGAUUCUGUCUAAGAGUUGGGAUAAUGACAAGCAGGUGCUGGCGAUUGCUUGCAGCGACGUAGGGCACUUAGUGAAGGAGGUUCCCGAACGCCGUGGGCAGUUGGAGCGACUAGGCUUAAAGACGCGGGUGAUGGAACUGAUGGUUGAUCAAGAUGAAUCAGUACGGUGGGAGAGCUUGCACGCUGUCGGCGAAUGGCUUCGAUAUACCUUUGAGGGCUGAUCCCUCAAAGAGGACUUUUCUGAUAUGUUGAUGGCUUUCCAGGAUGAACAUAUACUCUGGUUGGCAUGUACUGUGUAUUUUCUUGCCAUAGCGCAUACUCGCUUCCUUUUUUUUGGGAUCUUAGAAUCAUACUCAUCUAUGAACUUCAAGGCCCCUAGAUUCUGAUACUCCAAUACUCUCCAAAUGGCGGUGGAUCUUGCGAUCGACCGCUAAAGAACCCCAGGAUGUGCAACGGUGCAAGACAAGAACAC